CCUUUUUUAUUUUUUUUUACUCUUUGGAUCUUUGGAAAACCUGCUGUGUGAUGCUGCAGUCAUUUCUGAUCUGAGCACAGGAGUGCUCUCUAUCCCUCCUGAUUUGCAGUCAGGGCAACUUGGCUGUCGAGGAAAGUGCUUUGCCAGGUGUUCCUGUGCAAUCUGAGAAGAGUUUUUUCUUUCCUUUUCUAUCUACCUACCUAUCUUGGAAUAAUAGUGCCAUGCUUUCUGGAUUGCAAUACAGCCUCUUACUCUUCUUGUGCCUAACAUCAUGUCAAGAAUCUCGAGCAUCCCAGGACUGCAUGAACAAGCAGCAGCUUCUGACUGCCAUCCGCCAAAUGCAACAAUUUCUAAAGGGGCAGGAAACGAGAUUUGCCGAGGGGCUCCGUGUCAUGAAACACCGGCUGACGACUCUGCAAAACACAGUCAUGAAAACCACCCCUGAACCACCAACUGUGUUCUGCCCUGCCCUGGAUGCCCCACUGAAUGGCAAAAGAUUUGGCUCCAAGAAUAUGGUGGACCAUGAAGUUCAUUUCGCCUGCGAUCCUGGAUUCCGACUCAUCGGCUCCAGUUCUCGAGUGUGUCAGCCAAACGGCAGCUGGACAGGAGAUGUUCCUGAGUGCACAGAUAUUGGGGUAUGCACCAGUCACCUGUGUCAGAAUGGGGGAACAUGUGUUGACCGAGGUGAACAGUACAAAUGCUUUUGUCCCCAGGAGUGGACAGGCCCCAACUGCCAAUAUCAAACACAGACAGUACCACCCGAAUGGAGCGUAACAGAUGACCCGGCGUUCAGCCGUAAACCUCGCUGCGCCAAAUUUGACCGGAUGCAGCAGUGCAGCUGCGAAGCGGGCUUCCAUAUGAGCGGCACAGCAGAAAACAGCAUCUGCCAGGAUGUGAAUGAAUGUGAAGUUUACAAGCUGGAGGGAGCCCCUCGUCUCUGUAUGCACACCUGCAUCAACAUUCCUGGCUCGUACCGCUGUUCCUGCCCCAGAGGAUACCAGAUCUUCAGCGAUGCGAAAAGCUGUGAAGACAUCGAUGAGUGUGCUCUCUCAUUGCACAACUGUACCAGGGGGACAACGUGCAUUAAUACAGGAGGAAGCUUUCAGUGUGUUAAUCCAGAGUGCCCCAAGCCCAGUGGAAACAUCAGCUAUGUGAAAACAUCGCCAUUCCAAUGCGAACGGAACCCAUGCCCCAUGGACAGCAGAUCCUGCCACCACGCCCCAAAGACCAUCUCCUUCCAUUACCUCCCUCUGCCGUCCAACCUCGUCACUCCCACCGCCCUCUUCCGCAUGGCUACCGCGUCGGCUCCUGGGCGGCCUGGCCCCGACGGCCUGCGCUUUGGAAUCGCGGCAGGCAACGGCCGGGGCCAUUUCGUCAUGCAGCGCUCGGACAGGCAGACCGGUGAGCUCAUCCUCGUCCAGAGCCUGCAAGGCCCUCAGACCACAGAAGUGGAAGUCGACAUGACCGAGUACCUGGACCGCACCUUCCAAGCGAAGCACGUCUCGAAGAUUACCGUCUUCGUGUCGGCUUACGAGUUUUAACGGAAGCCGUUUGCACAGGGGAGGAAAAGAAGCAGCUCGCGGCCUGCUCUUAUUCACCCAGAACUUUUGGUUCUAACCACCAGCUGUACUACAAAAGCCUGAACAGACAUCAGGCAUUGCUGUCUGGGUACUUGCCUGUGUUAAUGCCAGCCUCAGAUAUAAUGGCUGUCACCUUUCUGCUUCUCCUCCAGGGGUAGCUGGCAAGGCUCUCUCCUGAUGCUGUUAGACUACAGCUUCCAUCAGUCUUGCAGGCUGCUGAUGGGAGUUCGAGUUCAGCAUCAUUUUGAGGGCGCCACAUUGGCUACCCCUGUUUGACUUUAAACACUAGAUGCCCUGACUGCCUUGGAGGGAUAAUAAUGAGAUUGACUGCCAACUAUGGUUGGUGUCCCACCUUGACCAACGUGACCCCCCCCCCUUGUUAGCCAAUCCACCAUGCCACAUAAACAGACAAGCUGUCCUUAAUGUGGCGUGGUUAUCUCUCUUUUUCUCCCUGUCCCUCUCUCUGAUGCUGCAUGAGAGCAAAAACAUCAUAUCUCUGCUGCAAGGGAUCUGAUUCAGAAGGUCUGUGGUUCGAAUCCCCACAAUGGGGUGAGCUCCCGAUGCUUGGUCCCAGCUCCCGCCAACCUAGCAGUUCGAAAGCACAUCAAAGUGCAAGUAGAUAAAUACCAACGCGGCAUGGCUGAGGGCAGCGAGCUAUUGCCGGGAGGCGCCGCGUCCAUGUCUUAUUUUCAGGGUAUAGCUUAUAUUAUGGAAAUGCGUAGAAAUCCUGCUAUGGCUUAUUUUAUGGGUAUGUCUUAUUUGGGGGGAAACAUGGUAGGUACCGCUCCAGCGGGAAGGUAAACGGCGCUUCCGUUUGCUGCUCUGGUUCGCCAGAAGCAGCUUAGUCAUGCUGGCCACAUGACCCGGAAGCUGUCUGCAGACAAACGCCGGCUCCCUUGGCCAGUAAAGCGAGAUGAGUGCUGCAACCCCAGAGUCAUCCGCGGCUGGACUUAACGGUCAGGGGUCCCUUUACCUGAUGUCGCAAACCAUGAGCAUGAUUCAGCAACCAUGGAAACACUUUUUAAUUCCUGUUUAUUUCAAUGGGAAGGACAAGUAAUGGUGUGCUUAACAGUGCAAACCUACCGUAUGCCUGUUUCCCUGGUAGUGAGCACCACUGAUUUCGUACAUACAGCCCUAACCAUGUCUGCUCAGAAGCCAGUCCUACUGAAUUCUGGUGGAAUAUCUGAGAGUGGGGUUCGGUCUGCAGCCUAACUCUCUAGUCAAUGUACACAGAGUUACACUGCACAUACCUCCUUCUGAUACCAGUGGGACCAUAACAGGACAAUCUUAUGCACAUCUACUCUCAGACCAAGUAAGUCUCGCUGAGUUCAAUGGGGUUUACUCCAAGGUAAGUGGGUCUUCUAGGAUUGCUCCCUAAAGUACUGAGCUGGAACAGUUCCAAAUUACAUUGCAGCAAACUCACAAUUCCGGCCAUACUUCAGAACUAAAUUCUGAAUAUAUAUUUUUUUUCAUAGUUUGCCUGUGAAAUAAUAGCUUUGAGGGGCAGUUUGAGGAAACUGAAUCUUAAGCCUUGAUGAUGAAUUGCAGAAACCAUUAUUAUGAGUUUGGAUGGUGCCCUGAGUCCCUUCCAAUUACAGUGGUGCCUCGCUAGACGAAUUUAAUUCGUUCCACGGGUCUUUUUCUUAUAACGAAAAAUUCGUCUAGCGAAUCCCAUAGGAAUGCAUUGAAUUUUUUUUUUUGCCCAUAGGAACGCAUUAAUUGAAUUUCAAUGCAUUCCUAUGGGAAACCGCGAUUCGCUAGACGAAUUUUUCGUAAAACGCAUUCGUCUAGCGAGGCAACCUCCGCUCGAAAAAUCCUUUUGUUAAACGGAAAUUUUGUUAAGCAGGGCAUUCGUUAAGCGAGGCACCACUGUAUCGGGAUCCUGUAUCUGUGGGGGUAAACCACAGGAGAGCAAACUUACCAAACCAGUCCUUUUGUCUAGGAAAAGCACCACGAUUGUUGACUAGUUAAGCACCACAAUUAGCAUAACCAAAGAAGUUGCUCUGUGCCAUAGGACAGGUGGGUGGUCCUCCCUGGCCCCAGCUGCUAGGAAGGAGAAUAAUAGCCGGUGUAGCAUGUCUGAAAGAGGGAGAAGCAGGCUGGAAGCUGUAGGCGCAUAGACAUGUUUGCUCUAUGCUGGAUCCAAAGCUGUAACUAACAGAGAAGCAAGAUCGUUCGGGGUGUUAAUGCUGCGAGCCCCUCCAUCUUAUGCUCAGGUUGUAUAUAUGUGUAAAUAAAACGAUUUAUCCAAGAGG